AUGGCGGCGGUGGGGUUCCACCGCGGGGUGCCGGAGGACGAAGGCCUCGAUGGCAAGGCCUUUGAAGCCCAUCGCCACAGAAUCAAGCAGCACUUGGACCGUGGCGUUUUUCCUGGAUUUGCAGAGGCUGCGAUCUCCGACGGCAAAGUGGUAUUCACGAACUUAUGUGGCUACACGGAUAAAAGCAAAAGGCACCGAAUGUCACCGCAGACCUUGUUCCGCGGGUACUCCAUGAUGAAGCCCAUCACUGCCACAGCCUUCAUGAGUCUGGUGGACGAUGGCACACUGGGGCUUCAUGACCCUGUGCACCGGUACAUCCCCAGCUUCAAGGAUCUUCAAGUCCGCAGGAAGAAUGGCAAAGGCCUUGAGGCCCUGAAGAAGCCCAUGACCCUGUGUCACCUGCUGAUGCACACUUCUGGACUUGGCUACGGCCCUGGAUCGAUAACACCGGGUGUUCCUUUGGUCGCGAGAUCGGCAGAGGAAAAGCACUACAAGAGCCUGACAGUGAGGCAGGAAGAGGGUGACAUCAACACCCUCGAAAAGCUUUGCGUGGAGUUGGCACGUCUACCAUUGCUGCAUCAGCCAGGAAGCAACUAUGCGUAUGGGAUGAGCCUCGAUGUCCUCGGACAUGUCAUGGAGAUUGCGACGGGGAAGCCGCUUCGAAAGAUCAUCCAAACUCGUGUUUUGGAUCGGGUUGGUAUGCGAGAUACCAGCUUCAUGGUGCAGCGCUCCAGAACUGCGCACCUAGCCGGAUACUACCGCCUGAUGAAGGACAAGGGUGUAUCCAAGCGUUGGCUGCAGCGACUGGACGGUUCCAGAGCAGAAGACAGCAUGUAUGUGAAAGGCUCAGCAGCCGCCUACGCUGGCGGCGUGCCAGCAGCCGGCGGUCUCUGGGGCGCCGGUCGCUCCACAAUGCUCUUCUCGCUGCGGGACGUGCUGCUGUUUUGUCAGAUGCUGCUGAACAGGGGACGAUCGGUGUCCGGAAAGCGGGUCUUGAAGACAGAGACGGUGCGCUCGCUUGUUGGCGACUGGCUGCGGCUGAAGCGUGCCUCUGACAAGCCCGACCCGGAGGGCUGGGGAAGCGACGACGUGGGAUGGUCCCCCUUGGGCAACAUCGAAAGAUACGGACCGCAUGCCGGGGCUCUCUAUAUGGGAGGCAUGAGCUACUUUUGGCUGGAUCCGCGUCGCAACAUCGCCGCGGCGAUCAUGACAGAGACCUACUGGCAGGUUGAUCCACUGGGCUGGAAAUCUGAGCUGGACGACCUCGACCAGGUCAUCCAAAAAGCUGUGCUGACGGCAAAGCGAAAGCGGCAAUCGGCGCAUUCUGCCUCCACAGAAGCAGCAAAGAGACAGCGCCGAUAA